AUGCAGAUCGUCCACAUCUUCCGCGCCAACAUCGUGGACGUGGCGGCCGACUCGCUCAUCGUCGAGGUCAUCGGGACGAGGGACAAAUAUCGUCGCCCACGCCUUCCUAAGAGCUUCGGGGUCGUCGAAGUGAUGAGGACUGGCACGAUCGCAAUGAAUCGGGGCGCGGACAGCAGAGGGAGGCGGCAGUCGUCCAAGGUCGACUGGGGCGUGGCGUCGUCGGUAUAA